UCGUUUUGCCAUGUUCCCGAUGUGCGGCUGUAGUGUGUUCAGGCUAGGCUAUACUACAGCCGCACAUCUUAAAUAGCGACUUCUGGGCUGGUGUGGGUAAAGAAAAACGAAGAGUGUGAGAUAGCAGCCCAAGAAACCUAGUGCUCUCCAUUCAUGGCGACUCAAGGCCAGGUCAUUACCUGCAAAGCUGCGGUUGCAUGGGAACCAAACAAACCAUUGGUGGUCGAAGAUGUGCAGGUAGCUCCGCCUCAGGCCGGCGAAGUCCGAAUUAAGAUACUCUUCACUGCUCUAUGCCACACUGAUGCUUAUACCUGGAGUGGAAAGGAUCCUGAGGGCCUUUUCCCUUGUAUUCUUGGUCAUGAGGCUGCAGGGGUCGUGGAAAGUGUUGGUGAAGGUGUUUCUGAGGUUCAACCAGGGGACCAUGUUAUACCUUGUUACACUGCAGAAUGUAGACAAUGUAAAUUUUGCAAAUCAGGGAAGACAAAUCUCUGUAGCAAAGUGCGGGAUGCUACUGGUGUUGGAGUUAUGUUGGGUGAUCGCAAGAGUCGUUUCUCAAAAAACGGGAUUCCUAUCUACCAUUUCAUGGGAACCUCAACAUUUAGCCAGUACACAGUUGUACAUGAUGUUAGUGUUGCAAAAAUUGAUCCAAAAGCUCCUCUAGAAAAAGUAUGCCUACUUGGUUGUGGUGUUACUACAGGUCUUGGGGCAGCUUGGAACACAGCAAAGGUAGAACCGGGUUCCAUUGUUGCUGUUUUUGGACUGGGGACUGUUGGUCUUGCAGUUGCAGAGGGUGCGAAGGCAGCUGGUGCAUCACGAAUUAUAGGCAUUGAUAUUGACAACAGAAAAUAUGAUAUAGCAAAGAAUUUUGGAGUUACAGAAUUUGUGAACCCUAAGGAUCAUCAGAAACCAAUACAACAGGUCAUUAUGGAUCUCACUGAUGGUGGUGUUGACUACAGUUUUGAGUGCAUAGGCAAUGUCUCUGUGAUGAGAGCUGCACUGGAAUGUUGUCAUAAGGGUUGGGGAACUUCAGUUGUAGUGGGUGUUGCCGCAUCAGGUCAAGAGAUAUCCACUCGUCCUUUUCAGCUGGUCACUGGGCGUGUUUGGAAGGGAACAGCCUUUGGUGGCUUCAAGAGUCGUACUCAAGUGCCUUGGCUUGUUGACAAGUACAUGAAAAAGGAAAUCAAAGUUGAUGAGUACAUUACACACACAUUGACUCUUGGGGAGAUCAACAAGGCAUUUGAUCUGUUGCAUGAGGGGAAUUGCCUCCGCUGUGUGCUUGACAUGGCAUGAAGUGUUUAAUUUUACUCUGGCCUGUUAUAUGCAAUAGGUUUUCAUGUAGAAGUGAUCUUGUAGCCUUAUUUCCUGGCUGGAUUCCUACGUUUGAAUGCUUCUUGCACCCUAGAAUAAUCAAAAUGCUUGUGCUGAAUGGUUCAUGGACAAACUUUGCACAUGCCAAUCUAUUUUGUUAUCUUUUUUUCUGGACUUGUUUCUAUCUAAAAAUAGUUAGGGAAUAUAUUAGAGUUUUUUCCCUGCAA